AUGGCUUAUGACCGCUAUGUUGCCAUCUGUGACCCAUUGUGUUACAUGGAGAGAAUGAGCAAAGGGAUCUGUGUUCAGUUGGUGAUUGGGGCAUGGGCCAUAAGUUUCUUCCAUGCCCUUCUUAACACUGUUUUUACCUUCAAGUUGCAUUUCUGUGGGCCCAAUCAAAUCAACCAUUUCAGCUGUGAGCUCCCUCCUCUGUUACAACUGGCCUGCACUGAGACCCUCGCCCGUCAAAUGGUGCUUCUUACUUCUGUUCUGAUAUUUGGAUCAAGCUCCUUCCUCCUUACCCUGAUCUCCUACAUUCACAUCAUCUCCACCAUCCUGAGGAUACAAUCUGUGGAGGGCUGGCGGAAAGCCUUCUCCACCUGCAGCUAUCGCCUGAUUGUAGUUGGCUUAUUUUACCUGACUGGUUUUCUCCAGUACACAAAACUCAGCUUGGUCUCCUCUGUGGUUCUGGGUGAAAUGUUCUGCAUCCAGUACAGCAUCAUAACCCCCAUGUUAAACCUCAUCAUCUACAUCCUGAAAAACAAGGAGGUGAAUACAGCUAUAGACAAAAAGUUUCAGAAAUUCAAAUUUCUCAAGUAG